GACUCAGAGACCGGACCUGCCGGGCUGAGAGGAGACGCUUCCCGCCACGCUGCGCUCCUGUCUGGGAAGCGUCAUCUUGAACUAAAUCGAUAUAUAUAUAUAAAUAUACAUAUACACAUACAUACAUAUUUAUACAUCUCGUGGUGCCAUGGCCGCCGCUUUGUAAAGUCGUUUCGUUCCGUGCGGUAAGUCUACUCCCAGGGCGACUUGCGAGUGUGCACCUUGACCUCUGAGGAAGCCACGCUCGGCAGGCUCGAGACGCGUCGCGAGCAGGUGUCAUGGAUCUGCAGCGUUUCCUGUGUUGGAAAGCGGCCCUGCUGAUUCUCUCGUUGCCCCGUGGGCUCCGGUGCAUGUCGGUGCACAUCCUCAACGAGGAGCCGGUGCACGUGAUGCCGGACUCCAGUCUGGUGCUGAGGGCCCGGAUCGAGCACGGGCCCCUGGAGGAGGUCUCCGCCGUGACCUGGGAACGGGAGCCCGAAAGCGGCGUCGGCCACGACAGAGUGACGCUGGCCCGCUGCCCCGCCGGAGGCCUCGAGUGCGCCGGCACCAGGCCCAGCGUGCGCGUCCGCGUGGACCCGCGGGAGACGACGCUCCAGAUGGACGGGUACAGCGGGGCGGAGAGCGGCGUGUACGCCGUGACCGUGACGGAUCACAAGGGGGCCGAGACCACGGCGCGCUGCGUCGUCCGCAGCUAUGAGGCGGUGCACCACGUGUCGGUCAGCAUCAACGUGUCCCACGCCUCGCUGCUUUGCGGCGAGGCGUGGGGCACGGAGCCGCGCUUCAGCUGGUUCCACGAGAGGGUCGCCGUCACCGAUGCCGUGGGGAGGGUCUCCGGAGACGGAACCACGUUGUUUGUGACCCGGACGCCCUUCUGCGGCCAUUUCACCUGCGUGGUCAGCAACAAGCUGGGCCACAGCGCCGCCAGCUACACCGCGGCGCCUUGCAGGACAGAGGGCAGGGGGCCAACAGCAGCCGUCCUGUGUCCCGUCCUCCUCCUCCUGCUGCUGUUUGGAGGGGGGCUGGCGUUCCUGCUCUGGAGGCGACACAAGCACAGUUACAGAGGAGAGAGGCUGCAGGAUCAUUUGGAUGACACCAUCUAAAAACAAAUAAUAAUCCCUCCAAAACCAGCCCGAGAUACGACAGAGGAACGCAGCUGAGUGAAAUGGGUUGUGAGGCUGGAACUUCCUGUCCUGUGAGCAGCAUGACCUUACGCUGUACUGGAACAAUGUGCUGAGUGAACUGCUCGCUCGCAAGUGGAGGAAAUCUAAAAGUGGAAAUGUAACUUGGAGGUGCCAGCAAGGUCUCUACACUGCCUCCUGACACUGUGUGUUUAAUAAAGUAAUCAGGUUUGUAAGCUUGAAUCCACUUAACAUUGUAUUGAAAUGUCAAAUGAUACCUUCGCAAUAAAAUCCAUCUACAGAAUGUGA